UCCCCAGGGGCUUGGGAUGGCUGACAAGAGGCAACCUGGCCGGCAGAAUGAAGGGGAAGAUGUCCCAGCUUUCUUCAAGAACAUGGGAUCAGGGAGCCCCAAGCCCAGGCAGAAAUUCUGUGGCAUGUUCUGUCCAGUGGAAGGGUCUUCUGAGAACAAGACCAUAGAUUUUGACUCUUUAUCUCUAGGAAAAGGGAAUGGGAAAGUCAUUGCCCAGCAGAAAGAUGUGACAGGGUCUCAAAAACCAGGUCCUAGAACGGGUGAGACACCUACUGACUUUGGAAAGAAGGUAGAAAUCAAGUGCCCAUCUGGGAAGGAAGCCCUUCAGUAUCUCAAUGAUAAGAGCGAUCGUCUUCUGAUUAAAGGCGGUAAAAUUGUAAACGAUGACCAGUCUUUCCACGCUGAUAUUUACAUGGAGGAUGGACUCAUUAAGCAGAUCGGCGAGAACCUGAUUGUGCCCGGCGGUGUGAAGACCAUUGAGGCUCAUGGCAGGAUGGUAAUGCCAGGCGGGAUCGAUGUCCAUACCCGCUUUCAGAAACCCUGUAAUGGCAUGGUCUCUGCCGAUGAUUUCUACCAAGGAACGAAAGCCGCGUUGGCCGGAGGCACCACCAUGAUCAUUGAUCAUGUUGUACCAGAGCCCGGGACCAGCUUACUCAGCGCUUUUGAUCAAUGGCGGGAGUGGGCAGACAGCAAGUCGUGCUGUGACUACUCCUUGCACGUGGACAUCACUGAGUGGCACAGGGGCAUACAGGAGGAGAUGGAGGCCAUGGUGAAAGAUCAUGGAGUCAAUUCAUUUCUGGUGUACAUGGCCUAUAAGGAUUACUACCAACUAACGGACUCUCAGAUAUAUGAGGUUUUCAGUGUGAUCCGUGACGUCGGAGCUAUCGCGCAGGUCCAUGCCGAAAACGGGGACGUCAUAGCAGAGGAACAACAAAGGAUCCUGGAUCAAGGGAUCACUGGCCCAGAGGGACAUGUCUUGAGUCGACCUGAGGAGGUGGAGGCGGAAGCCGUAAACCGCGCUGUCACCAUUGCCAACCAGACCAACUGUCCUCUCUAUGUCACCAAAGUGAUGAGCAAGAGUGCUGCAGAGGUCAUCGCACAAUCCAGGAAGAAAGGAGCUGUGGUAUAUGGGGAACCUAUCACUGCUAGCUUGGGAACUGAUGGCUCUCACUAUUGGAGUAAAAACUGGGCCAAAGCAGCAGCGUUUGUCACUUCUCCACCUCUCAGCCCGGACCCCAGUACCCCAGAUUUCCUAAACUCACUGCUCUCCUGUGGUGAUCUGCAGGUUAGCGGCAGCGCACACUGCACCUUUAAUACAGCUCAGAAAGCUGUUGGAAAAGACAAUUUCACACUAAUUCCAGAGGGAACCAACGGAGCUGAGGAGAGAAUGAGCGUCGUGUGGGACAGAGCUGUGGUGACCGGGAAGAUGGACGAAAACCAGUUUGUGGCCGUCACCAGCACCAAUGCUGCCAAGAUCUUAAAUUUGUAUCCGAGGAAGGGGCGUAUCGCUGUCGGAUCAGAUGCUGAUUUGGUAAUAUGGGACCCAGACAGCGUGAGGACAAUCUCUGCCAAGACACACAAUAGCUCUUUGGAGUACAAUAUCUUUGAAGGGAUGGAAUGCCGAGGGAGUCCCCUUGUGGUAAUAAGCCAGGGAAAGAUUGUGCUGGAGGACGGCAAUCUUCAUGCGACCGAGGGAUCUGGACGAUACAUUCCAAGAAAACCAUUUCCAGACUAUGUUUACAAACGGAUCAAGGCCCGAAGCAGGCUUGCCGAGCUGCGGGGAGUCCCUCGUGGAUUGUAUGACGGCCCUGUUUGUGAGGUCUCUGUGACCCCAAAAGCCGUAACACCUGCAUCUUCUGCCAAGACUUCCCCUGCCAAACAACCAGCACAACCUAUAAGGAAUCUACACCAGUCUGGAUUCAGCCUGUCAGGCGCACAGGUCGAUGACAACGUUCCCCGUCGUACAACUCAGCGCAUUGUGGCGCCUCCUGGUGGCCGUGCCAACAUCACCAGCCUCGGCUAAAGCCCUGCCACUUCUCCUGCCCUAGGAUUCCGCUCCUUUUUUUCGAUAUGAAUAAUUCCGAAAAGGUUACCAGUUCCUGACAUUUUAUAUAGUCUUGUGGGCAGUGACUUCUCUAGGAACAAAAACAGACUAUCCAGGAGAUUGCACACUUACAGAUAGCAUAUAUUUAUAUAUAUGUACAUAGUGAGAUUUGUGCAUGUAUAUUUAUAUUAAGAUGUGGUUUAGUAACUCGGAUGCACACGCAAUGAUGCAGAUACAUGCGUGCAUCCUAUCGUGUGUUAACGUGUGUAAAUAAAUAUAUAGUGAAAAUAUAUUAAUAUACACACACAUAAUCUCCUGGCUCUUAACGUGUUAAAUUAAGACACGAGGUCUGUAUGUCCUAGGGCCACUCCAAACCCUUCCUCCCCCUAAACUCCAUACUCUUUCGGGAUACCCAGUGUUCUUCUGUACUGCAGAGGAUGGUUAUAAGGGAUAGUUUUUUCAGCUUUUUCCCACCAAACACAAGAUAGCCAGGGGUUACCAUUCCUGUUAGGGG